AUGUUCUGGUACCAUGCCACACUAUGCCGAUCGAUCGCCACAAAGGGGACGACUGCAACGUUCCGACAAUGGUCGUACACAACUGCUACUAUUCCAAUAGUAAAAACUGGUGCUGCUGCUGCUACAAGUACCGCACUAUUUCAUACAGCAAGACAAUGCCGACGUUCCGCGGCAGUGAUCUCACAGCAAGAAAAACUGGCCGCACGGUCCAAUCUCAACGUCAUUGACUUUUUCGAUCCUGCACUGGCAUCGCAACCACCCUACUUUACACUCAAGCAUGGAGCAGCAGGGUAUGCAAAAAGUGACAAGAAGCCGACAACGUCUCCGCAGGAGGAUGCUAUUUAUUCCAGUAUACAGAUCGGGGAUGAUGCGUAUUUUAAACGCCAUGAUGCCUUAGGGGUAGCCGACGGCGUCGGUGGAUGGCGGAAGCAUGCUGGCGCCAACCCGGCCUUGUAUGCACGGAAGCUGAUGCAUUAUGCUCAGUUGGAAUUGGACCGUAUCGACAACAAUAAGCGACCGUCGCACGUCCAACAGGACCAGCCCGAUCCAGUCAUGGUGCUGGAGAACGCAUACCAUUUAACCUCAUUGGAUGCUCAGAAUGAGGCAAGUAGUUUUUUAGCCAUUAACUUUGUGGGGUCAACAACGGCGUGUAUAGUGAUGCUAUGCCAAGACGAGCUUCGCGUUGCAAAUCUGGGGGAUUGUGGCGUAUCGAUCAUUCGGAAGGACGACUUUGUCUUCCGAUCCGAAGAGCAGCAACAUUCAUUUAACUUUCCCUAUCAACUCGGCACCGCUUCUUUCGACUAUCCUUCAGAUGCACAGCAAUUCUCUAUCAAAAUAGAAGAAGGAGAUAUUGUGAUUGUGGCUUCGGAUGGAUUAUUUGACAACCUUUUUGACGAUGAGAUACUGGAAGAAGUACAGAGCUGUGCUGUUGGUAACAAUAGCGCGGCGUCGGUACCCCAGCUGAUUUCAGAUGCGCUUGCACUACGUGCCAGACUCGUGAGUGAAGAUACAAGUAAUCCUUCCUCGCCUUUCCAGUGCAGAGCAAUGCACGAAGGCAUGUACUAUCAGGGCGGCAAAGCAGACGACAUAAGUGUCCUUGUCGCGGUAGUAAACCGUGAUGACCGACCACGCGAGCAUUCACCGCCACCGUUACCAUGAACAGCAAGACGCCACCACCACCACCACCAAGGCCCUCCUAACUCAUACUCUGUACAACGCAUGCAUACCCCAUUCAUUCCUCUGUCACGCAUCCCACACAUGCAAAUAACCCAUCCCAUCCUUUUUUUUUUAUUUUUUGUAUAUAUUCUACCAGUUUUUCUCUUUUUUCUCUCUUUGCUAUUGAUUCUUCUUUUUUGUUACCUAAGCCCCACCCCCUCUACGACACCUCCCAUGUAUAUUCCACACGUUCUAUUAUAAGCCUGCAUCAAUCGAACUGGCACUUUUUUUCUCAUUUAAACUUGUUCCACGAACCAAAGUUGCACCGGGCUUAGUAUGUAGCUGCUUGUAAAAAGAGUAAGGGAAUGUUAUUAUCGUACAAGAUUUUAUUUCUGGGUAGGGAUACAUCAC